AUGAAUGAUAAAUUGGAUAUUAAACCUUUGAUCUCCACUCGUAACUUUUUGGCUGAGAUUAUCCAAAAUGCUAAAAAUGACUAUGAAAAAGUAGGGGCUAUUCAAGCCUUUGAAGUUAGUUUUGAAUUAACUAAAAAUGUCAUUAGAAAGAUCUUGUUGUUACGAGCUCAAGAAGCCCCUAUUACUCCUAAGGAAAUUUUUCGUUUAGCCGCUUUAGAAGGUUUGAUAGAAAUUCUAACUUCUUUACCAAAAUUUCUCCAAGAGUUAAACUUAUUAAUCACUAAAUUAAAAGAGUUACCCGAAUGUUACACCAAGGGAACUGCUCGGCAAUUAUCCGAUUUAGAUCUUUGUUAUCAGGAGUUUAUUCCCGAUUUUCUAGUUUAUCAAAUUGAAGAAGAAUUCAAAGAAAGUGAUUUACCUUUUAGGGUCGAAUUAAUUA